UGUGUGCGUGCAUGCGUGUGUGUGUGUGUGUGUGUGUGUGUAAAGAAGGAGAUUAGGACAUUUAGAGAAGGAGGGUGGGGAGAAGAGAUCCCGAGAAUAGAAAAGAGGAAAGAAAAAAAGAGGGAAUGGAAAGAGAGAGAGAAAGGAAAUGGGAGUGGAAGGAGGGAGGACUGCUUUGUAGCUUCUAAGAUUGCAGACAGAAAUAGCACACAACCGCCGUGAGCCGUGUGUGAUUCAGAAAUCAAGACCGAAUUUUGUUCACUUUUAUUAAUCAGUUGCUAAAAGAAAGGAAAUGGCAUCUGGUCCCGUCUUCUUCUACAUCUUAAUUAUUGGAAAAUAUUUUUCUCAUGCGGGUGGACAGGAUGUCAAGUGCUCCCUUGGCUACUUCCCCUGUGGGAACGUCACAAAGUGCUUGCCUCAGCUGCUGCACUGUAACGGUGUGGACGACUGCGGGAAUCAGGCCGAUGAGGACGACUGUGGAGACAACAAUGGAUGGUCUCUGCAAUUUGACAAAUAUUUUGCCAAUUACUUCAAAAUGACUUCCCCACAUCCCUUUGAGGCAGAAAAACCUGAAUGUUUGGUUGGUUCUGUGCCACUGCAAUGUCGUUGCCAAGGUCUGGAGCUUGACUGUGAUGAAACCAAUUUACGAGCUGUUCCAUCAGUUUCUUCAAAUGUGACUGUAAUGUCACUUCAGUGGAACUUAAUAAGAAAGCUUCCUCCUGAUUGCUUCAAGAAUUAUCACGAUCUUCGGAAGUUGUACCUGCAAAACAAUAAGAUUACAUCCAUCUCCGUCUAUGCUUUCAGAGGACUGAACAGCCUUACUAAACUGUAUCUCAGUCAUAACAGAAUAACCUUCCUGAAGCCGGGUGUUUUUGAAGAUCUCCACAGACUAGAAUGGCUGAUAAUUGAAGAUAAUCACCUCAGUCAAAUUUCCCCACCAACAUUUUAUGGACUAAAUUCUCUUAUUCUCUUAGUCCUGAUGAAUAAUGUCCUCACCCAUUUACCUGACAAGCCUCUCUGUCAACACAUGCCAAGACUACACUGGCUGGACUUUGAAGGCAACCAUAUCCAUAAUUUAAGAAAUUUGACUUUUAUUUCCUGCAGUAAUUUAACUGUUUUAGUGAUGAGGAAAAACAAAAUUAAUCACUUAAAUGAAAAUACUUUUGCGCCUCUCCAGAAACUGGAUGAAUUGGAUUUAGGAAGUAAUAAGAUUGAAAAUCUUCCACCACAUGUAUUUAAGGACCUGAAGGAGCUGUCACAAUUGAAUCUUUCCUAUAAUCCAAUCCAGAAAAUUCAAGCAAACCAAUUUGAUUAUCUUGUCAAACUCAAGUCUCUCAGCCUAGAAGGGAUUGAAAUUUCAAAUAUCCAACAAAGGAUGUUUAGACCUCUCACGAAUCUCUCUCACAUAUAUUUUAAGAAAUUCCAGUACUGUGGGUAUGCACCACAUGUUCGCAGCUGUAAACCAAACACUGAUGGAAUUUCAUCUCUAGAGAAUCUCUUGGCAAGCAUUAUUCAGAGAGUAUUUGUCUGGGUUGUAUCUGCAGUUACCUGCUUUGGAAACAUUUUUGUAAUUUGCAUGCGACUUUAUAUCAGGUCUGAGAACAAGCUGCAUGCCAUGUCAAUCAUUUCUCUCUGCUGUGCCGACUGCUUAAUGGGAAUAUAUUUAUUCGUGAUCGGAGGCUUUGACCUUAAGUUUCGUGGAGAAUACAAUAAGCAUGCGCAGCUGUGGAUGGAGAGUACUCAUUGUCAGCUUGUAGGAUCUUUGGCCAUUCUGUCCACAGAAGUAUCAGUUUUACUGUUAACAUUUCUGACAUUGGAAAAAUACAUCUGCAUUGUCUAUCCUUUUAGAUGUUUGAGACCUGGAAAAUCCAGAACAAUUACAGUUCUGAUUCUCAUUUGGAUUAUUGGGUUUAUAGUGGCUUUCAUUCCACUGAGCAAUAAGGAAUUUUUCAAAAACUACUAUGGCACCAAUGGAGUAUGCUUCCCUCUGCAUUCGGAACAUACAGAAAGUAUUGGAGGCCAGAUUUAUUCAGUGGCGAUUUUUCUUGGUAUUAAUUUGGCCGCAUUUAUCAUCAUAAUUUUUUCCUAUGCAAGCAUGUUUUAUAGUGUUCAUCAAAGUACCAUAACAGCAACUGAAAUACGGAAUCAAGUUAAAAAAGAGAUGAUCCUUGCCAAACGGUUUUUCUUUAUAGUGUUUACUGAUGCAUUAUGCUGGAUACCCGUUUUUGUUCUCAAAUUUCUUUCACUGCUUCAGGUAGAAAUACCAGGUACCAUUACCUCUUGGGUAGUGAUUUUUAUUCUGCCCAUCAACAGUGCUUUGAACCCAAUUCUCUAUACUCUGACCACAAGACCGUUCAAAGAAACGAUUCAUCAGUUUUGGUAUAACUACAGACGAAGAAGGUCUAUGGACAGCAAAGUUCAGAAAACAUAUGCUCCAUCGUUCAUCUGGGUGGAAAUGUGGCCACUGCAGGAGAUGCCACCUGAGUUAAUGAAGCCGGCUGUUUUCACAAGACCCCUGUGAAAUGUCGUGGAUUUCUCAAUCAACUAGACUCAGUUCCUAUUCAUGACUGACUCUGAAACUCAUUUCUUCACAGAGAAUACUGUGGGGGUGCUUCAUGAGGGAUUUACUGGUAUGAACUGAAUACCACAAAAUUAGUAAUUUAUAAUAAUGGCUAAGAUAAAUUAGUUUACAAGGACAUGAGGAAAAAUAAAAAUGACUAAUGCUAUUACAAAGGGAAGUAAUUAUAACAAUAAUUUAUAUAUAUGUACAUAUUUUGCAUAAGAAAUUAAGAGAAAUCUACUUCAGUAACAUUCAUUCAUUUUUCUAACAUGCAUUUAUUGAGUACCCACUACUAUGUGCAUAGCAUUGCAAUACAUUCCUGGAAGUAGUGCCCAACCUUUUCAAUCUGUAUGUGGUAUUUAAUUACAAAAGACUAUACAAAGUCCAUCUGCAGUUCCUAGUUUAAAGUAGAGCUUUGCCUGUCAUGUACAUCAGCAAGAAUCAUGGGCACUUUUAAAUAAAGGUUUAAAGUUUUGGAA